AAAAUGAGGGAGGAAAAGUUUGUUGCAGCGUCUUAUGUUAUCGAUUGUCUGUUGCAGAAAGGAAAAGUAAGGGAUGAAAAUAUGGAAAUUUUACUGGUCACUAAUCACCCAUACACAUUUAGUAAGGAGAAGGGAGAGGCAAAUAGAGACGGCGUGGGGCAGCGAAAUGAAAAGGUGAAGAGGAAAUCCCUCAAAUAUUGACUUUUUUGUCUACCCCUCUUCCCUAAAUUAUUGGCAUUUUCUUUUACCGGACCCCUCCACCUCGAGACAUUGUCCAUCCCUUUGAUCUUUGCCGUGGCAUGCCCUCUCGCUUGUCGGACCCCUCUACCCCCGCGAGAUUGUCCACUCCCUUUGAUCUUUGCCGCGGCAUGCUCUCUCCCUUUUGGUUUUGUCGGACC